CAAAAUGGCCAAAGGGGAGAAACAAUGGAUCAAACCAGGUUUUCUAGCGAAACAAAAGCGAACAGAGUACGAAAUGGAAAGAUACAAGACAAUCAAGAAGAAUAAUAAGAAAAUGGAUGCUCUACAAUUGAAGCGUAUAGCAGCUUCUUUGAUGGGUUCUACUCAGCCCAAUCGUGUUAAUCAGAAAGGAAAGAACAUUAGGGUAGAUGAUGAUGACUAUAUACCGUCAGAUCAUGAGGAUGACACUGAUGCUGAGUCCUUUGAAAGUGUUGACAAUGAGGGCUUACCAAUGCCACCAAAACGAUUGGCGCAGUCAUCUAUUCAACCUUCGCACGAGGCAAUUGUUGUUCCAAAUGGGGAUUUACAUGACAAUGCGGAUACCCAACACUCACAGCCACUUGAUGUCGAUAUGGAGGCACCGAGGGAGGCAGCCCCUCAAUCUAGUGUCGUGCGUAGUAGACACCCUCGUGGCUUGACACGCGGGUUGAAGGUUCAAGCAAUGGUUCAAAAAGAUGGAAAGCUCAAAGUUCCCAUACCACAGGAGUAUCGUGCACCAGUGGGGGAUCAUGCCUCUCAAUUAGUCUCCAAAAUUGGUGUUGAGGUCCGAACACACUUGCCAGACUUUAGCAUUCGCAGGUGGAAACAUGUCAACGAAGAAGUUACGGCACCUAUGUUUCAGCGUCUAACGGAUCAAUUUGACAUGGAAGGUGACUCCACAAAUGUUAGCAAAGCGGUGGCAACAAAGUGUGGACGAAGCUUGAGCAGCUACACCUACAGACUACGAAAAAAAUACCUAAACCUUAAAAGUGCUAAGGGAGAGGAGUAUGCUAGAAGCCACCCACCGCCUGAAUAUGACCUCGAGAAAUGGAAAAACUUGAUUGACAAGAAGUGGAAUGAUACCAAUUGGCUGAAGCAAUCAAAUGCUAACACUUGGCAAUAG